AUGGUUUAAAUUAGCCCUCGGCCGCGACGGCGUAUAUACCCCAGGCAUCAUCUACCUCUCCUUCCCCAGAUAUCGCCAGUCAGCGUGCUCAACAAUUUAAUUACCACUCUGGCGUUAUUAGUUCACUAUAUCAUUGUCGACUGUGCUUAGUCGCCGGCCCAACGACCCCGACUGGCUGCAUGCGUUUCGCCGUUCGUCUUCCAUGCCAAAUUUCGUCCGCCACUGCUCCCUUCCUUUUAUUUAUCGCCCGAGUGCCCACUCCCCAGGACCCCACUCCGCCAGUCUAGCUUGCUCUGUCAGGAAUAAAACAGCCCUCCUCCCCAUCUCUCUGCAAUAUACCUGCAGUGUAUAUUGCGUCCGCCCGUUUUCGAUUAUAUAUAUACCUGUGUAUAUAUAUAUAUCCAUAUAGAUACAUAUACAGCGAUGGCACCCGGCGGAAGGGACUUCAACUGCUCGUGGGAGCACUGCGGGAAGUCCUUCAAUCGCAAAUCCGACCUCUGCAGGCACUAUCGCAUUCACACCAACGAGCGCCCCUACCACUGCACCGUCGCCGACUGCAACAAGAGCUUCAUCCAGCGCAGCGCGCUCACCGUGCACUCGCGCACCCACACCGGCGAGAAGCCUCACGUAUGCGACCAUGAGGGUUGCCACAAGGCCUUUUCUGACUCCUCGAGUCUAGCUCGUCAUCGGCGCAUUCACACGGGCAAGCGCCCUUAUAUAUGCCAGGAGCCCACCUGCGAAAGAAGAUCUAGCUUCUGCAGAAAGACAACCCUGACAAAACAUCAACACCGUUCCCAUCCCCCUGAUGCCACUCGUCUCUCGUCCGAAGAGGCCACGCCAGACCACACAUCGUACCAGACCCCAGUGGUGACAUCAAUGCCUGCGAGCCAGUACCUUCUCGCACAUCAAUCAAUGUACCAGCAACCGCCCGCCCCCAACCCCGACUUCUAUCAAUCGCACCAGACCAUCCCCCUCGCUCAGGCCCCGAGUAUAGUCCCGCAACCCGUUCCUACCGUCAACCCACCUCCACCGGUGGACCAUCAACAGUAUGCCCAUAUCAUGCAGCAGCCGCGGUAUGAUCCGAGCCCUCGAACAAGCUACAUACCGGCCGAGUACCAUCAGCAGCCUCCACCGCCUUACCCAGGCCACCACCCCAUGGUCACCGAGGCUGCCCACCCGAUGAUGAUGGCCUAUCACCCUGAAUACCAGUACAAACCCCCUGCUCGAAUCCUCAAUUCACAGGAAGGAACUGACUGGGGGUUUCUCGGCAUUAGCUGA